AUGUUUAUGUUUAAUAGUAUAUUCAAAGGAUGCAAGAAUAGUAUUAAUAGUUUUAGUAUUAGUAGUAGAACUAGGAGUAGUAAUAUACUUUAUAGAGGUUGUUUAGUAAAUAACUAUAGCAAAUAUGAUUAUCUUCAUCAUCUUAAAAGCUAUUGUUCAACAUCUACAACAAUAAAUAAAGAGAAUGAAAUUAGAAGAGUCAUUGAAUUAUUAUUAAAUGGUACAAUGUAUAAAAAGAUGAAAAUUAGAUUAAAAGAGUUACAACCUAUACAUGAUAGAUCACUUGUUGAUAUAACUACAAUCGAUCAAAAUGAUACUGGGUCACUGUUGAAAGAGUAUAAUCAUAUUAGAGUACAAGUAGAUCAGAUUGAUCAAUUGCCAGUUCAGUUUAAAGAUUACCUUGAGUUGGUUAAAAUGGCAAAGACUGCUGGUGACAGAGAAAUGAUGCAAGAGGCUCAAUCAACAACCGAGCAAUUAAUGAGUCAAUGUAAUGAAUUGGAAUUCAAGUCACUCAUGUCCAACGAUAUGGACAAUGACUCGGCCUACAUGGAAAUACAUGCUGGUGCAGGUGGAACAGACUCUAUGGAUUGGACACAAAUGUUGUCCUCAAUGUAUAUAAAAUGGGCAAGUAGAAGAGGUUUCGAUGCACAAAUAAUAGAUGAGUCACAUGGUGAUAUUUGUGGUUACAAAAAGGUUAUCUUAAAGAUAUCAGGUCCCUAUGCAUACGGUUGGACACGUACUGAAAAUGGUGUACAUAAAUUAAUUAGAAUGUCUCCUUUUAAUACAAAUGGAAAAAGACAUACAUCAUUUGCAAGUGUAUUUGUUUAUCCUUCGUCAGAUGCAGAUGAAAAGGUGGCAGUUGAUUUGGUUAGUAGGGAUCUUGUGAUUGAAACAAUGAGGUCUAGUGGAGCGGGAGGUCAACAUACAAACAAGACAGAGUCAGCCGUUCGAAUUACGCAUACUCCCAGUGGCCUGUCUGUCAAUAUUUCACAAGAACGAUCACAACAUAAAAACAAACAAAUUGCAAUGGACCUUUUAAAAUCUAAACUUUUAUCUUUAGAAUUAAGAAAAAGAGAUGAACAAGAAAAGAAUUUGAGAAGUGAACAAAUGGGGAUUAAUGGAUUUGGUAGUGGAUCAAUCAAUAGAGUAUACACACAACAUCCACAAACAAGAAUUAAAGACCAGAGAACAGGACAAGAAAGUUCAAACUUUGAAGAGUUUCUACAAGGAGGUGAGGAAUUGGAUCAAAUGAUUAAAGAAGUUCUUUCAAUCUCCUAG